UUCUGCCCAUCUUGCUUUUCUUUCCAUUCUUCCAGAGCUGGUCUCUCAUAAAUAUUUUUGACACUUGGAGCUGGUCUCUUUCAAAUUCUUCUUCUUCUUCCCACCUCUUCUACCUUCUUCUACAUUGUCCUCUUUAUUGCCACAAAAUGAUUCUUCUGCGCCUUUUUUCCAACGGUCUAAUUGUUUUUGCUCUUACCACGUCGAGCAUGGCUAUAACCAUUCCAUGGUUUCAACGCCGACCGCAACCUCAGCUCCAGCCCUCAAGCUGGAAACUAGUCGGCUUCAUAGAGCCCUCCUCCCCUAGAGCACUUUUACAGGAGCUUUGCGACGCAGGGACACUCACCGCAGCGCUGACAGGGGUUGUGGAGGAGAACCGAUAUGGUGUUCUUACCAAUGCUUGUGAUCCUUAUCCUCGCCCUGAGGACUUUAUGGUUGUGGUUCAUGCUCCAGGUGACCCGCAUCUCCCAUUCGAAACAGUUCCCAAAGUUAGUCAUUCUAUUUAUCUGUUGUCUGUGUGUAGGAGUAAGCUAUAUCAUCUUGUAUCAUUUCAAAGCUGUUCAUCCGACAUCGAGGACCAAUACACAACAAAUACGAGCAGUCCGCGAUUGACCAAGAAGUCGUGGAUAAUGGAUUCAAACCUGCCGAGGAUGCCAUUCUAUUCAACCGAACAUCGAGUGCUGGACUGGAUGUAUCGAUGUUGAUUCCAGCCCAUUAUCUUGUAAAGUCUGCAAGCAAGCCAACUCAUCGCUAUGGGCGGAACAGCCUUCAGUUUAAGGUUGAGUGUAAAACAUCUCGUGAUUAUAAAGGACC